UGAUACUGGAGUGAUAGUGCUUCCUCUCUCUCUCGGGCUGGACUGUGGUGCAUCUGCGUCUGCACGCCCCCCCCUCCCCCCUCGCCCUCCAGCCAUGGCCUCGCGAGUAGGGCUGCGUCUGCAGCUAAUGCGAGACCAGCUGCAGCAGGAGGAGCAGCGGGAGCGGUAUCAGCAGCAGAAUGCGGCGCUGCAGUACAUUCAACAGCAGAGUAUGUCUGUCCCUGCUCCCAGCCCCGCCAUCAACGCUCCACAACACUACCAGAGCAUGCAGGUUCCUGUUGAGGUGCUCAAGGUCCAGACUCACUUGGAGAACCCAACAGACUACCACAUCCGCCAGUCCCAGAGACAACAGGUGAAGGAGUACCUCUCCACCACCUACGCCACCAAGCAGACGGUGCAUGCAGUAACAGGUGUGGUGCAACCCUCCCCUCCCUCCCCACCACUCCCCCGGCUCCGUACGGAGCAGCUCAUCACAGGAAACAGCGCCCCCAAUAGCCCCAUGGCCAUGCUCAACAUCGGCUCCAGCCACGAGAACGAGAUGGAUGAGGUCAUCGAUGACAUCAUCAGCAUGCAGUCGAGCUAUGAUGACAUCCAGCAGUAUAUUGACCCUCUUCAGACGUCCAACACUCUCCCUCUGUCCAGCAGUCACCUGGACGUGUACACGGGCCCUGGGAUGACCGGUCAAUCUAUCGCCAUGACAAGCAAUUCCUGCCCUGCCAACCUGGCCAUCAAACGAGAGCUGACGGAAACCCGUGCAAUGGCCAAAGAGAGACAGAAGAAAGACAACCACAACCUGAUUGAGAGGAGGAGGAGGUUCAACAUCAACGACCGCAUUAAAGAGCUGGGCGGCAUGAUCCCCAAAACCAACGACCUGGACGUGCGCUGGAAUAAGGGCACUAUUCUGAGGGCAUCCGUAGAGUACAUCAAGCGUAUGCAGAAGGACAUGCAGAGGACCAGAGAGGUAGAGAACAACUUCAAGAGGAUGGAGAUGGCCAACAAACAGCUGUGGCUGCGCAUCGAGGAGUUGGAGAUGCAGGCUCGUCUGCACGGCCUCCCCAGCUCCUCUCCCUCUGGGAUGGGUUCUGGGGACCUGAUGGGUUCCUACAUUAAACAGGAGACCAGCCCUGAGGAGAAGCUCCAGCAGCAGCAGGCCCAGCACCAAGCUCUUUCCCAGGGCCAACAACACCUCCACCACCCCCAGUCCCACCACAUUCAGCCCCAGCAGGGCCAGCCCAGACAGCUGCCUCCUCUCCCCCCUCACCUCCAGCCCCAACUUCCCCUCCAGUCCCAACUUCCCCUCCAGUACCCAGCGGUGGGCAGCUCUCAGCCCUUUGACUUUGCCCAGUCGCUGGACUUGUGUGACGGGGUUCCUGGCUACCCGGAGGGCUUGUCAGGGCUAGGGGAGCUUGGCCUCCUGGGUACCCAGGGAAGGAGAGGCGACCUGGGCUUCCUGAUGAUGGACGAGCCCCUGUCUCCUCUGGGUGGAGACCCUCUGCUCUCUGCCAUGUCCCCUGAGGCCUCGGUCGACUCCAGCCGCAGAUCCAGCUUCAGCAUAGAGGACACAGAUAUACUGUAGAGGGAGUGUACACACACACACAGACACAGGCACAUAUGGUACGUACAGAACACCCAAUGGACAUACACCCCGAGAGCACUGAUAUACUGUGAUAUAUGCUUUUGCUCUGUUCCUCAACCCUGCUACAUAUGCACUCCAGACGCCCUCACAUACACUGUAAGCACUCGCGUAGACACUGUACACACACUGAGACUUACUUAAACACACACACUCAAAAUUCUCAUGGAUGCACACCCUUAACACUCACAUUCAACAGCAAUAUGAGAAACCAAACCCAUGUUUCGGUUUGCAAUAGUUGUUUCUUACCACUGUAAAUAUCAGAGCACCUCUAAAUGAUACACAAUCUAGUACACACACAAAUACACAACGAGCACAGACAGCUUCUUGUUCACUCUAACACAGAAGGGCCCCUGUUAUUUGAAGGGAAAUAUGUGAGGGACUGCCAAUGGUUUAACACACACACACACACACACCCUUCUGUAAAACACACUGCCAUGACCUCUAUGGUACUGCCAUCUCCUGUGUGAUCUAUGACCUUUAGCCUUUAGGGUACUGCCAAGUCUACUCCAUGACCUCUGACCCCUGUGUGAAUGUUGAGGAGAGAUGGAUUGGCCCUGCAUUGUGAGAUAGUGUAGCGAUUGAAGAGGUUAUGUCGCUCCACAGUGUAAGUAAUUCCACGUAGCGAUCUUCUGUAGCCCAGUCCUUAACCUGCCAACGUGCCUUGUGUUAGCCACCUGAAGCCCCACUCUAUCUGGGUGGAGAGUGAAGGAGUGGGUUGUGUUUUAGUAUAUUGUAGUGCAGGGUUCCCCAACUGGCGGCCUGCGCUACAAAUUUUGCCCACUGGUGAUUUAUUUGGCCCCGCAAGUUUUCCCGAGACGACACUUUUUUAACAAAAUGAUUGUUUACAUAAAAGACUGUUAAAUGCCAGAAAAUCAGCUCCAAGUGAUUUUAGGGGUAGUAAAAUAAAUGUAUUCCCACGCAUAAAAGUAUUCCCAAGCGUAAUAGAUGUGAUCGUAUACAAAUGUAAGAAAGGUUUGAAAUGAUGUUUUGAUAUCUGUUUGGGCUUCUUGCAGUCUACAAAUUCUUUGUAAUUAUGUUCUGGCCCCCUGACCAUCCGCUCAAGAAAAAAUUGGCCCGCAGCUGAAUCUAGUUGAUGAUCCCUGUUGUAGUUUGUAGUUAGGAGAUAGAGGAGCAGUCAAAUGGAUUGGUCUGUAGUGUCGUAUUCCGCACUAUAAAAACACAGCACCAGCCCAACACACACACGCAGACAAAGCAGUGUGCCAUUAGGUUGUGUUCAAAUCAACACUUUGAGCGAGACUUCAGUACCUCACCCGGUUUGUGCUUGUAGAACUGCCAGCUUUGGGUCAGCCAGAUAAAACUACACACACUCACCCAGGUACAAACCAAACCAACCCUGUAGAAACCAAACUACGGCCGUACAAUACAUGAAUAAACUAACAGGUAACAAAUGAGUUUGGAUGAGGGACUAGGGGUAACACUUUGAUUUGAUAUGGCUUUAUGAUCAGUAAAGAGAAAAAAGGAAGAAACAUGAUGAUUUAAAAGGUAUUUGUUUGUAUUCUUGUUUAUAGUUGGUUUUAUUUUAUCUCCCAAAGCACUGGAACCUAUAUUUUAUUGACUUUGUACAUGAAAUAAUUUAUGAAAUUAGUUUUUUUUUUCAUAUGUUUUAUGCCACUAAGCCACUUAAAUGUAUUUGUCCUUUUUUAUUUGAUUUUAUCCCAAAAGUACCUUUUUCCUCUAACAGCCAUUUAAAUAUGAAAGUAUUUAAGCCACUAGUGUGAAAGUGUACGACCAGUGGGGAGACAUAUUCUAGACUUUUCUUUGUGUGAAGAACUGUUCAAAUUUCACCUGAGAACAUGUACAAUUAUAUUAUGCCAUUUUUAUAAUGAUUGGGAUUUGGUUACUCUUUUUUCACCUAUAGAAAUUGGAACCAGAGACUGUUGAGAGGUGAUUUAUUUGAUUUUAUUCUGUUUUAAUUGUGCUUUUUUGUGAAUGUGAAGAUGGCCUGUAGUACUGGUCCCCAGCCAAACCCAAAUACCACAAGAGAAGGGUAUUUUCCUUCACGGUCUUUGAUUUCCGUGGAGAUAACUACCUUCUAAUGGUACUCAGAAAUACCAUCGAGGAGAACCGUUGGCAUAACCUUGAACAGACCCGACUUUCUCUCUCUCUCUGUCUGCCAGAGUUUGCCUUUAUCCUAAUCAAUUGUUUUAUUUUUGUUUUUAUUGUCCAGCCGACACGCCAAAGAGCUUGUCUGCAGAUAAUGUGGCGCGUUGUCCUCUCUGACUGUCCCCCUCCCCCAUGUCACUGUAUGGGACUGAAACUGGCUGACUGGGCAGGGGAAACUGGCAUUCUGGUUUUGCUUUGGAUAUAAAAUGUUUUACCAAAAUCUGAGUA